AGUCUAGUUCGAGCGUCGCGACGUCCGCUUUCACACAGCUGGCACAGCGUCAUAUGAAAAUAAUCGCUAGAGAGAAAAUGUUCUGUGAAAGUUCCUGAAACAUUACGAGAGUGUAUAUGAAAGUUUUUUCGAGCAAUGAACCUGACAAACAUGUACAGAGGCAUUAGGUUGUUUGCUUUGAUGAGUAUUGUUUUCGCAACGAAGGAAAAUAGAAGGCCUAUUCAUAUAGGUUUUUUCCUCAAUGACGAUGAUUUUUUCGAACUAUCCACCGUGGCAAUAACCGCUGUUGUUAGAAGAGUCAACCAAGUCAGCGGAACUAGUUAUCAACUACGACCUCAUAUUUUCAGAACUACAAAAUCGGAUAUCCUAGAAGCAGGAUUGUUAGCAUGUCAGCGAGUAAAGGAAGGCGUCGCAGCCAUUUUUGGUCCGGAAUCACCUGAAAUAAACGAAAUGAUUCAAUCAAUUUCUUCUACACUGGAAAUCCCUCAAUUUCAGACGUUUUGGAAUCCCAAACUGAGACUGUCAAGGCAAAUCAAUCCCUCACCAGUUUUCAACCUCUAUCCGAGCCCUCAAAGUUUGGCACAAGCUCUGGCGACUUUGGUACGCGAGAGCGACUGGAAGAGCUACACCGUCAUUUAUGAGAACGAUGAAGGACUCCUCCGUUUGCAAGAAGCUCUAAACCAACGGAGCAUGUCAGAUCCUGCUGUUUCCUUCAGGGCUUUGGGGCCGAAGGAAAAUCGCAAGUCGGUGCUGAAAGAAGUUAAAAGCUCGGGCGUAUUACAUCUAAUAGUAGAUUGCGAGGCAGGCCAUAUAAUGGACAUUUUACGGCAAGCUAAGGAACUUAAAUUAUUAUCGGAAUUCCACAGCUAUAUACUGACAAACUUGGUGAGUAAUGAUCUUGUCCGCGACAGAAUUCCUUUUACUUUAUAUUCAGCCUCACCGAAAAUCUCAACGUUUCUCGAACUAAUUCAGUGUUCAAUUUCUCAGAAGGGAAGAGAAUUUGAGCUCGUAGUCGAACCAUUGACGGGAGCAAUAACCUCAUUUGAUGAAAUGGGCUAUAGAAAGAAGUACAAACUGCAAAUCAUAGAGUUGGACUCCACAAAGUUUCGAGUUACAGGCACUUGGGACUCUGAUUUCCCACAAGAAAUACAAUUCAAACUAUCAGAAGAAGAUCGAGACACGGAGUUGAAGAAGAAGAUCCAGCAGAGGACAUUUAGGGUAGUUUCCAGGCUGGGUGAUCCGUACCUCAUGCAUAGAGUAGAUCCAAAUGGAAGAGCUUUGUACGGAAACGAUAGAUUCGAAGGUUACACCAUGGAUUUGAUCGGGGAGAUAUGCAAACCCCAAAACCUCAAUUGUAGUUUCACUUUCGAAAUUGUUGCGGACGGCAAGUAUGGAAACUAUGAUCCAAAAACCAAACAAUGGAAUGGCCUCAUUAGAGAGCUACUUGAUUAUAAAGCUGAUCUUGGUAUUUGCGACCUGACUAUAACAUAUGAAAGAAGGAAAGCUGUAGACUUCACUUUGCCCUUCAUGACCUUGGGAAUCAGUAUUUUGUACGCAAAAGCCGUUAAGGAACCACCAGAGCUGUUAUCUUUCAGUCAUCCCCUAUCAUUUGAGGUCUGGAUCUACAUUGCCACGUCUUACUUGAUUAUCUCCAUGAUGAUGUUUCUGGUAGCGAGACUGAAUCCCAAUGAUUGGGAGAAUCCUCAUCCAUGCAACCCAUGUCCAACUGAACUAGAGAAUAUUUGGAAUGUAAAAAAUUGUUUUUGGCUCACAAUGGGCUCAUUUAUGGCACAAGGUUGUGAUAUCCUACCGAAGGGAAUCUCAACGCGGAUGGUAGCAGCGAUGUGGUGGUUUUUCACUUUGAUAAUCACGGCCUGUUACACUGCAAACAUGACAGCCUUCUUGACCAUGUCUCGAAUGGGCCCCACCAUAGAAAGUGCAGAAGAUUUAGCAGCACAAACGAAAAUUAAAUAUGGAUGUCUAGGAGGUGGUUCGACGUCAUCCUUUUUCAAAGACACCAAUUUUUCCACGUAUCAUCGCAUGUGGGUGCAAAUGGAAUCAGCGGAGCCAAGCGUCUUCGAAUCGAACAAUAAAGACGGCGUGAAACGAGUUCUAACCAGUAAAAGAAAAUACGCUUUUCUCAUGGAAAGCUCUUCAAUCGAAUACGAGAUGGAAAGAAAUUGCGAACUGAUGCAAGUCGGAAACAAUCUGGAUUCGAAAGGAUAUGGAAUUGCCAUGCCUACUAAUGCUCCAUAUAGAAAGUCUAUCAAUGAAGCCAUACUCAAAAUGCAGGAGAUGGGUGCUUUACAUAAACUAAAGGAUAAGUGGUGGAAGGAAAUGAAUGGAGGGGGACAAUGUACAAAAGACAAAUCUGGAGAUAUAGAAACAGCCGAGAUGGGACUGGACAAUGUUGGGGGGGUCUUCGUGGUGCUUGCUGUUGGUGUUGCUCUAGCUUUCAUGAUUGCUGUUUGCGAAUUUCUCUGGAACGUUAGAAAAGUGGCUGUUGUUGAGCGGCUUACACCAAAGGAGGCAUUGAUCAAGGAAAUUCGAUUCGCAAUGGACAUAAGGUCAAGAAAAAAAGUGGUAUCAGCUCCUUCUCUGGCUAUUUCACUGGAAAAUAUAGAUAGAUGAAUCAACUUAUAAGUGAUUCAUCAGAAGAAUUACACCAACAAUGAAUAGUAAAUUUUGUUUUGGAAACCAAACUAACACUUCAUAAACCAAGAGUUAUAAUCAAUAAUGUCAAUAUUGUAUGUUGGUUUACAAUAAUUUUUAGUGUAUUUGAGAAUAUCACCUCAUCCAUUACUGAUCAUGAAUAAAUACAAAAAUGAAGGUCA